AUGGAGAAUGUUGUAACGAGCGACCAAGACAAACUGAUCUCAUCUUUUGUCGAGAUCGCUGUUGAUCAUAACAUGGAAACCGCAUUACAGUUCCUAAAGGCAACAAACUGGAAUCUUGAAGAUGCCAUUAACCUCUUUCUCAUCCAUGGAUCUAAUUAUCAACCUAUUUCCUAUCAAAACUCUCAAGAUGAAGAACAAAUCCGUAGGCCUCUUCCUUCGAGGAAGGAUACUCUCUAUGGUCCUUCCAUGCACACUUCGGUCCCUGUAUGUCCUGAACGUAUCUGGGAUGAUUCGGUGACACAAGCCGGACCAGAUUGGACGACACAAGCCGGACCAGAAUCGAAGUUGUCUUCCUUGUACCGUCCUCCUAAAUAUUUGCUUUUCAAAGGUUUGUUUCAAGACGCGAAAUCGGUUUCUUCUAGAGAUAAUUUAUGGUUGCUAGUGAAUAUUCAAUCCAAGACCGAGUUUGCUUCUCAUGCUCUAAACAGAGAUUUAUGGUCAAACGAAGCCGUUUCUCAAGCCAUGAAGUCUAGCUUCACCUUGUUGCAAGUCUAUGAUGAUACUGACGAAGGACAUAAAGUCUCUAGUUUCUACAAGAUCGAAUCUGUUCCUCCUGUUGUUCUCCUCCUCGAUCCGAUCACUGGUCAGAAGAUGCGUAUGUGGAGUGGUGUGAUUGAUGCCCAAAGUUUUGUUGAGGAUUUGAUGAAAUACAUGGAUGCUGGUCCUAACCAACACAUUGCUUCUCUGAGAAACAACAAACGCAAAAAACCAGAGGAGAUAACUUGUUCACCAAGCAACAAACGCAUAAAAAUCGAGAAGAUAACUUGUUCACCAAGCAACUACACUGUUCCUAACAUUUAUACUGAAGACCCAAGCGACGUGUUUGAGUUCUUGGUUUUGACAGAAGAGCCAAAAGGAGAUUGUGAUCGAAGCCUUGUGUGUAGUCUCUGUGUUCGAUUUCCAGAUGGGAAAAGAAAGCAGAGGAAGUUUCUUAAGAGUGAACCAGUUCAGCUUCUUUGGUCAUUCUGUUAUGCUCACAUGGAAGAAUCCGAGAGAAUGAAAGCAUUCAAGCUUGUACAAGCGAUUCCUGGUGCUUCCAAGAUUCUUGAUUAUGGAGCUAACGAGACUUUUGAACAAUCUGGACUAGAUAAUUCGAUGAUCUCGGUUACUUGGGAGUGA